AUGUCAUUUAAAGAAGGUUCCAAGUUCCCAGCAGGUGUUGAAUUCUCCUAUAUUCCAAUUCAAUUGGAUGAUUUAGAAUUAAUUAACCCUUUGAAAUGUGAUGUUGCCAGUCAAUUAAAACUCGACAAUUUAUUAACCAAAUUAUCCACUACUGAUACUCCUAAUUUAUUAAUUGUUUCUGUUCCUGGUGCAUUUACUCCAACAUGUACUGAAUCUCAUCUUCCCCCUUAUUUAGAAAACUUGGCCAAAUUACAUGACAAAAAAAUCGGUGCUAUUGUUGUUCUUGCCACAAAUGAUCAAUUUGUUGUUAAUGCCUGGGGUAAAGUUUUAAUUAAAGCCUAUGUGAAAACUUCUGGUAAAUUCCCUGAAGUUAUAUUUGCUAGUGAUGGUGGAUUUAGUGAGAAAUAUGGCUUAGCUGGUGAUAGAGGUGGAAUUAUUAGAAAUAAAAGAUAUGCUGCUGUUAUUGAUUCUAAAACUAAAGAUGUGGUAUAUUUGGGAGUGGAAACUGAAAAAGGUGUUCAAAGUUCUGGAAUUGAUGCUGUUUUAGCCAAGUUAUAA